AUGUCUACUCAACGCCUUUCCCUUCUCAUUGCAAAUCGAGGUGAAAUCGCUGUACGAAUCCUCCGCACUGCAAAGAAGUUGGGCUUAAGGACGGUUUCUAUUUACACCCCAUCUGAUGCCCUCUCACCCCAUGUCUCUCUGGCCGACGAAUCCGUCGCUCUUCCCGUUGGCAACGAGCCGGAAGGAAGUGCUUAUCGCUCAGCUCGAGAUAUUCUUUCUAUCUGCGAGACGCAUGCUGUCUCUCUCAUCCAUCCUGGUUAUGGCUUCCUUUCGGAAGACCCAGAGGCUGCAAACCUUUUCGUCGAGAAUGGUAUCACAUGGCUUGGCCCGAAACCCGAUGUGAUCAGGACCAUGGGUGUGAAGCAUGAGGCGAGAGCUGUUGCGAUCAAUGCUGGGGUUCCUGUUGUUCCUGGAUCUGACGGAGUUGUGGAGAAUGAAGAGGAUGCCGUGUCGGUGGUGGCAACAAAGAUUGGGUAUCCGGUGAUUCUAAAAGCGACCUCUGGAGGAGGAGGGAUGGGUAUGGUGAUUUGUGCAUCUGAAGAUGAGCUUCGAGAGAAGUUUCAGGGAACGAUUGACCGAGCCAAGGCUCUCUUUGGAGACGGAAGAGUUUUCAUAGAGAGAUAUCUCCCAGCUGCGCGUCAUAUUGAAAUACAGAUUUUCGGAUAUGGGAAUGGCGAAGUCGUGCAUCUAGGAGAGCGAGAAUGUAGCAUCCAGAGACGACAUCAGAAAGUCAUCGAGGAGUCACCAAGUCCAUUCUUUUCCCUACACGAAGGUCUCAGAGAAACCAUGUGUGAUGCUGCGGUCCGCCUCGGUAAAUCAAUCAAUUACAGUUCAGCUGGUACCGUGGAAUUCAUCGUUGACGAUGUAACUGGAGACUUCUUUUUCCUCGAAAUGAACACCCGCAUUCAAGUGGAGCAUCCUGCCACGGAGGUGGUUCGUCCAGGGUUGGACCUCGUGCAAUGGAUGAUAGAGUUGGGAAUCUUCGAACGGCAAAACGGACGGACUCGAAAUCUGCAUAACCUUGUGCCGGCCGCUAAUGGGCACGCAAUUGAAGCUCGUGUCUACUCGGAAAAUCCUUUCGAGGAAUUCAAACCCUGCCCGGGGCUUUUACAGUUCGUUGACUUGAGAGAACAAGCAGGCUACGAUUGGCUACGAGUCGAAAGCUGGGUAUCAACCGGAACCUCAAUCUCACCCUUCUUUGAUCCCCUGAUUUGCAAGUUAAUUGUCUAUGGGUCAACGAGAGAAGAAGCACUCUCUCGACUCGAUUACAUUUUGAAUGAAGUUAAAGUGCAUGGGCCACCGAAUAACCUGGAAUAUCUCAAAUAUGUGGUGAAAUCUGAAGUGUUUCGUAGCGGUCGAGGGACUACGCAGUUCUUGAACACGGUUGAUUUUACACCCAGCUCAUUCACAGUGUUAUCUCCCGGAUUGGAUUGUUCUAUUCAAGAUUAUCCGGGUCGUACGGUUGGCUUCGGAGUACCUCGGAGUGGGGCCAUCGACUCGAUGGCUUUCAGGAUAGCUAACGUACUUGUUGGGAAUCCGCAUACGGUUGAGGGAAUGGAAGUCAUCGUCGUACCAAAUGUUGACUUUGAGCUGCGUUUCCAUGUAGAGACAGUUGUAGCUGUUACAGGGAAGUCGGCCGACGUGUCAGUAAAUGGUGUUCAGCAAGCGAUGUGGGCAAAGAUCGUAGUUCCAGCUGAUAGCAAUCUGCUGCUUCAACAUGCUGCUGACCGAGGAGGGGGCCUGCGAUGCUAUGUCGCCUUCAGGGGGGGAUUCCCCGACGUACCGAAGUAUCUCGAGUCCAAGUCGACGUCGAUGGGGCUCGGUGGAUAUCAGGGACGAAAACUGCUACCCGGCGACGAAAUAGCCUUGAAUCCGGACAGCGGCUGCCCUUCGUCAGACAUCUCAACAGGCUACGCUCUGCCCUCUCAUACAAUUCCUGUAUAUCCCUCUCAUUGGGUUAUACAUGUUCUACCUGGACCUCAUGAAGAUGAGGUGUUCAUUACUUCUGAUGGAAUACAACGCUUGUAUUCUACGCAUUGGAAAGUUGACGCAUCUAGCAAUAGGAUGGGGAUUCGUUUAGAAGGGGAGAGCACCAUCUUAUGGGCAAGGGAAGAUGGAGGUGAGGGUGGCUCACAUCCUUCUAACAUUUUAGACGUUGGCUAUGCGCCGGGCACUGUCAACAUCAAUGGCGACACUCCAGUUAUACUUACCGUGGAGGGUCCGGAUAUGGGAGGGUAUGUAUGUGCCUUCACAAUAUGUGAAGCAGAUUGGUGGAAGACUGGCCAAUUCAAUCCCGGAGACACGGUUCAAUUUACGAGAGUGACCUGGGACCAAGCACGUUCACUUCAGCGGAAGAAUGAAUCCUUCAUUCGCGUCAUCGAGGACAGCAUCAAGUCAAAUAAGCUGCCAACAGCUGCCUUGAAUAUAUCCCAUGCUGAGUUUGUGGACAUGCCUUACGACCCGAAGAUACAUGUCAUCCCCCCCUCAGCAACAAAACCACAAGUGGUCUUUCGUAUGGCCGGAGAUUCCUGCAUCCUGGUCGAGUUCGGUGAAAUGGCUAUGGACUUUGUGGUUCGUGCUCGAAUCCACGAGUUCGAACGCGAGGUCAAACGAAGGAAUAUUGAGGGAGUUCUAAGGUUCUGUCCCUGCGUGAGGUCGACAAUGGUACACUUCGAUGCUUCGGUCAUAUCGUCGCUGCACACCCUCGUCGGUACUCUAGUAGAAGCUUACGAGGCGACACCAGACGACUAUUCAAAGAUGACAUUCCCAGGCCGGCGAGUAACUCUUCCGAUCGUGUUGGAUGAUAGAUGGAAUAAAGAAGCUGUCGAUAAGUAUAUGAGAACAAUUCGGGACAAAGCCGUUUACCUGCCCGGUUGUGUGGAGUAUCUCGCGAAGAAUAACGGAUUGAAGGACGGUGAGGAAGCACUGAGAAAGUUGAUUUCGACAGACUUUCUUGUUAUUGGUGUAGGGUUUUACCUGGGAUUACCAUUCAUUAUUCCGAUCGAUCCGCGGUGCAGACUCGUAGGGCAAAAAAUGAACCCUUCGCGGACUUACACGCCCAGAGGAGCCAUCGGUAUCGCGGGCGUCGUUGCCGCAAUAUACCCCAUCGAAUCUCCCGGCGGGUAUCAGCUUUAUGGUAGGACAUUACCAGGUUGGAGUACAUGGGGUCAAGGAGAAGACUUUCACUCGGAUAAACCGUGGUUUUUUGAAUCAUUCGACCAAGUGAGGUUCGAACCCAUCAGUGAGGAAGAAUAUCUCGCGGUUGAGAGAGAGUUUGAUGCAGGAAAAUACAAGUUCAGGAUAGAGCAAGUGAACUUCGCAAUACAGGAAUACCUCGACUUUGUCGAUCCGUUACAGCAGGAGAUCGAAGUCUUCAGAAGCGGACAACGACGCGCUGGGGUUGAGAUCAAUUCGAUCGAACAGGUUCUGUUGCGGGAAUGGGAGCUCUCGAAGGAGAAAGCAAGCAGAUCAAUUGACACCGGGAAGUCGGAGGCGUUUUCUACAGAGGCAACUACUGCGGUUACUUCACCUGUCCAUGCUUCUGUAUGGAAAAUUAAAGCAAGAUUGGGGGAUGAAGUCAAGUCUGCUGGUGAUGUUUUGAUCAUCCUAGAAGCCAUGAAGACCGAGAUUCCUGUCAAAGCUGGAAGUCGGAACGUCGGAAAGAAGGUUGUGGGCUUCGGUGAAGUCGAUGGGGAGGGCAUUAAGGAAGGAGUAGCCGUUCGGAUGGGGGAUGUGCUCGUUAUCUUAGAUUGA